AUAAAUUAAUAAUAGAUGAGUGCGGUGUGUCAGGAGGAAGGAGGGCCACGGUAGUACUGUGUAAGCCAUACAAAUACAACUAAAAACACAAUUCAAUUUUCACUCAUUCAUUCCUCCUAUUUUCCCAUUCGCAAUCAAAUGGGUUCGCUGAGACGAGGUGUUAUCAACCUCCGCAGAUUCCUCACUUCAUCUAAUCCCACCGCAUCUCCUCUUCCUCGCUAUUCUCUUUCUUCUCCUUUCAGCUCCCUCCCUCCCGAUCCUCUCUCCCUUCAUAUCGAUUUGUCUGACGAAGAAAGCAAAAGGCGCUUGUUUAACAGGCUAAUUUAUAGAAGCAAACAACGAGGGUUCUUGGAACUCGACUUGGUUCUCGGCAAAUGGGUGGAGGACAAUGUUCACUCCUUGGAUGAAAAUCGUAUUCGAGCUCUCGUUCAUGUCCUCGACUUGGUAAUUCCCCAUUUCCUCCCUUGGAGAAUCCAGAUCUAUGGAAGUGGCUAUCUGGACAGGAGAAACCUCCAGAAUCAGUUAGCAGUAAUCCAGUUUUUGCUGCAAUGCAUGAAAGAGUUAUGAAGAACCUUGAGAGCCAUUCUUCCCCAGAAACAAGAGCAACACCUGGCCAACCAUGGGUAAGGGGUUGGGAUGAUAUCAAGAAAGGUCGGGACGGUCCCAUUGCUGGGAAUCAGUAGCUUGAGAACACAAGAUCUUGUCAUUUGUAACAAUGAAAAAAAAUGCCUUUUUUACUAUUUUUAUUACUAUAAAUAAGUAACGGGUAACUGCAACUCAAAGGUUUGUAUUAGCAAGUGGAGAUAUCUUGACGUUUUGUUCUAACAGAGAAUCUCAUCCCGGAAUUUAUUUGUUUGGACAAAAGGCUAAUGCUCAAAUGAUCUACUACUUAUGUUAGGGAGCUAUAUAGGAGGAAUACUAGGUGACAGCAACUUUGUGAUUUGUAACUAUCAAAUAGCCAUCAAUGAUGGUUUUAAUGGUGUGAGAUGGGUAUGAAAUUUCAUCCAAUGGUUCACUUU